UGGCGCUGUGGGAAUGAGCUUCAAGUCUAAUUUAAGAUGCUGUUUCUCGGACACAGACGUGUGGAAAUGAGCAGAAUCUGUGUGGAUUCGGUUAUAAUCAGUGUGAUAUGACAGAGGAUCUUCUCACUAGAGGAUCUUAUGUGGUUUCUUCGGCUCCCUGGUGCUUCCAGAUCAGGAUCCUGAAGAAACAGAGCGUUUAGAGCAGCAGGAAUCAGAUUAUACAGUAUAUAUAAAUAGAUUUAUAGACAGGCUUGAACAACACACACACACACACACACACACACACACUGACGAGCUGUUCCUCAACACACUCGGCGGAGGGCCGAUAAUGCCCCGUCUGAUGGCUAACGGUGGGAACGGACGCUACCAGACUCCUCCAGCCUCUGAGCUUCAGAGACUCCUGUGGGUCAAACCCGGAGCCAGCGGCCAUCUGGACGAGGUCAGGCCUGGAAUAUACAUCGGAGACAUGUACGCAGCGAAGGACAAACACUUGCUGCAGUCUCUGAACAUCACAUUCGUGCUGAACGCAGCUCACGGCAAGUUCAGUGUCAACACAGGAGCCAGUUUCUACAGAGACACUAAGAUCAGCUAUCACGGGGUCGAGGCCUUCGACAUGCCCUCCUUUGACUUGAGCCCUUUCUUCUACUCCGCAGCCAAGUUUAUUAAGACUGCCACUAGCACCCCUGGAGGUAAGGUGCUUGUGCACUGUGCGAUGGGUCUGAGUCGCUCCUCAACGCUGGUUUUAGCGUAUCUGAUGAUUCAUGAGGGCAUGACUCUGGUGGAAGCCAUUAAAGCCGUCUCACAACACAGGAAUAUCUGCCCAAAUUCCGGCUUCAUGGAACAGCUGAGAGAACUGGACAAGACCCUGCACUGCCACGGCACUGGCCUCUAACACUUUCACUCAUCACAAAUACAGCAACAGAAAUGCAUGAUUCAGAAUCUGCCUUAUACUUAUAUAAUGGAAUUACAUGAUUUGAUACAGGAUUUAAUUUCUCAAUUAAAAUGUAUCUUCUAUAUUUA